AUGAACAAGACUUAUUUCAAGUGUAAACUUGGAGUCGAAACUCGGGGCAAAACAGCUCCGAAUCGUUUACGACGUGUUGAUAUAUUUGUGAUGUUUUAUUGUCGAGAAUUACUAGAAAAGUCAAAUACUAUGUUUGUUGAUGUUGGCUUUGGAUCAAAAAAUACAACAACAAUAGAGAGUAUACACAGAUUUAGAAGAAUUAACGAAACUCUACAAGUUUUAGGUGUUGAAAUCGAUUCAAAAAGAGUUCGUGAUGCUCAAAAAGAUGAUAAUGAUUUAACCCAUUUUCGCCAUGGUGGAUUUAACCUACCAAUACAAAAUAAUGAAACUGUUUAUCUAAUUCGAGCAUUCAAUGUUCUACGUCAAUAUGAAACUGAAGACGAAUGUGCAAAUUAUUGUAAAAUAAUGGGAAAUUAUCUUGAACAAAAUGGUAUACUUAUAGAAGGAACAUCCGAUCAAUUUGGACGAUACUGGGUGGCUAAUAUAAUACGAAAAAUUAAUCAGAAUGAAAUAAGACUUGAAGCAGUGGUUUUUAGCACAAAUUUUAAGCAAGGAUUCGAUAUUGUGGAAUUUCAGAAAGUAUUACCAAAAAAUUUUAUUCACCGUAUGACAAAUACAAAUGAAAUGAUAUUUCGAUUUUUCAAUGAUUGGAAAUUUGCCCAUGAAAUUACUGCAAAGCCAAUGAAAAUAAUGCUCUCUCCAAAACAACAGUUCAUCAUGACGGCGAGACAAUUAGCAGAAAAAUAUAACUAUAAAAUUGAUACAAGAAAAAAAAUUCUUAAAUCCGGUUUUCUCAUUUGGAAACUCAACUGA